UCACGUGUCCCUCGCAAUCAAAACAUUUUUUUACAUAAUCUGUCACCGGUGACUCCACAUUUUAUUCUGAGCAAACAAAAGCGACGUUGAUGAGUACCUUCGAGUUUGCUUUACUACCAAAAUGUCUCUAACGGUCAUUCCACUGGUUUCGAAAUUAUCAAAAAAUGUCAUACGGAUUUUAGGAUGUAAUCCGGGUCCUAUGACUCUUCAGGGAACCAAUACUUAUCUUGUGGGUACUGGAAAAAGACGAGCUCUUAUCGAUGCAGGAGAUGAACACACAGCUGCUGAUUACACCAAACUUCUUGGUCAAGUAUUGAAAGAUGAGAAUGCGACAAUAGAACAUUUAAUAAUAACGCACUGGCAUCAUGAUCACAUUGGCGGAGUUAAUCCUGUGAGAAAUCUGGUUGGUUCUAAGCACGGCUCCCAAGUUUCUGUCUGGAAGUUGCCAAGAACGGAUGGGGAAGAUAACUACAACGUAGAAAAUCUGCAGGCCCUUGAGGAUGAGCAAUCUUUUGAAAUCGAAGGAGCACAGCUCAAAGUAAAAUACACACCUGGGCACACGACCGAUCAUGCUUGCCUUCUUCUCGAAAAUGAAAAUAUUUUAUUCAGCGGUGAUUGUAUUCUUGGAGAAGGAACUGCAGUUUUUGAAGAUCUUGCAGAUUAUUUAGGGUCGCUGAAAAAAAUCCUGCUUAUGGAAACCAAAACUAUUUAUCCGGGCCAUGGGCCGGUCAUUGAAGACCCAGCACCCAAAAUCCAAUUUUACAUUGAGCAUAGACUAAAAAGAGAAGCUCAAAUUUUACAAGUUUUAUCUGAGCACGCAAAGCAAAAAGGCUUGUCUGAUAUGGACAUUGUUGCGUUCAUGUAUCAGAAUGUUUCGAAAAACUUAUGGCCCGCAGCAGCUGUAAACGUUCGACAUCAUUUAGAAAAGCUGUUGAAAGAGGGAAAGGUGACGAGUAAAGAUGGACUUUGGCACUUAUCGUCCAGCUGAUAAGAAAAUAAAAAUUCAAACUAAACGACCAAUAUAUAUCUUUGAGAAAAAAAAAAUUAGAGUACAAAAUGUAAAUAACUUGAAUAUGUACAAUUACAGUUGUGGAAUAAAUAAAAAAGAAUUUGUUGAUUGAAA